UUGGCAUUUUUCAUUUCGCACCUCAAGGUCAUACCAUCAAUAAUGUUGAUUUUCUGAUUGUUGAUUUGAAUAUACUUAAAAAGGCUUUUAAUUGGCCAAAAAACUGAGGUCCUCGCCAUGAAGCUGCCGGUGAUUUGUCGCACCUGCGACGCCACCGACACCGACAACCUCCUUAAGCUCGCCACGCCCUCAAAAAAGUAUCCGGACAAGCUGCUAUCGGAGAUCCUGUGCGAGCUGACCGAAAUCAAUAUGGAUGCGACUGAAAGCCAGAAACUGCCACAGUGUUUGUGUAGCGGCUGCACCAAGAAAUUGAUGGGUGCCUAUUGCUAUGUGAAGCAGGCGCUGGCCGCCCACGAAUUGCUGAUGAAGCACCUGAAGAACGGAGCUGCUGCAUCGACCACCGACUGCUUGCAGGAGGCCCCCAUGGAGCUGUGUGCCGAGCAGCACGUGGAGGUCAAGCUGGAGACCGAGGACGAGGACUGUGGCGACAACGAUGUCAGCAUCGCUUGCUCCGAACUGCCGGAACCGGACGAAAUGGAUGUGGAGAGCAAGAAGUCCGUGGAUCCUCUGACCAUGAUUGAGACGGUGAAGCUGGAAACAGAACCGCAGAGCAUAGGAAAACCAACGGAUGAAGAACCUGCCUCGGACUUCGAUGACGAGGACUCCCUGGAUAACCUGCCCCUGUAUAAGCGCAUUCAAAAGUGGAAGAUGGGCAGGAAGUCUGUAUUCAAAUGCCAGGACUGCCCGAGAAAAUUCAAACGAGUCGAGUUUCUUAAACGCCAUGAAAACCGCGUCCACAAGGCGGAUACACGCUCGUUCGCAUGCUCCCUCUGCAUUCGUAAAUUCAGCCGCAGCGAGGCUCUUGAGGCUCACCUGAAAGUCCAUCGAAACUCGAAGCGAUCGGCAAACAUAAGCGAGCACAAGAAGGCCAAGGCGGUGGAUCUGAAUCUGUGUAAACCGCAUGGCUACAAACUAAUCGAGUGCAUGAUCUGCCAGAGCCAGUACAACAAGAUUGCCGAUCUGCGGCGGCAUUUGGAGGAGCAUCCCGAGAUAGUCAGCCUUUGCGGUCGACCAAAUGCGGAGCCUCACGAGCUGUUUUAUCCCGACUGCAAGGACCUGGACGAGGAGCAGUUGAUCAGCUUGAUUCGAAAGGAUCUGGCGGCGGGCAUUUACCAGCGUUUCUAUUCGAUAACCAACCAGAGUGGCUACGAAAUGGACCUGGACAGUUCGGAGACGGAUAGCGAUUUGGACGGAGAUCCCGAGGAUCAGCAAAAGAGGCGAAAGAAGAGCCACAAGAGCAGCUACAGCUGCGAGCUAUGCCAGCAAAAAUUCCCGCGGAAAUAUCAGUUAUACGACCACCAGCGACAGGCCCACAGUUGGUCAGAGGCUCCUCAUGUCUGCGGGCGGUGUGAUGGACGCUUCGUGAGUCUGCAGCUGUUGCGGCACCACAACGAGUCCCAGUGCCGAAAUGCGCAGAAGCGUUUCCUUUGCCACAAAUGCCCGCUUCGCUUUCGCUGGAAACACAACCUGAAAACACAUUUCCGCGAGCACAGGAUUACAAAUCAAACCUUUGAGUGUCCAGAGUGCAAGCGGGUCUUUGACAAAAAGAAAUCGCUUACCGUUCACCUGCUCAGCGUACAUGCCGAGGAAUCUAAACUGAUCCCUUGCCAGUGGUGCAGUCGCAAGUUCUACCGCCGCGACUACUUGGUUAAACACCUGAAGCGGCACGGCCUUAGGGAGCAAGACAUUCCGCUGGCCGAGACUUUGAUAGCGGCCACCUCGCGGCCAAACGGAGCGAAGCGCAUUACCUGCCGGAUGUGCAAUCUGCACUUUGAGCGUAUCGUUGAUCUGCGAGCCCACAUCCAGCUGGAGCUAAAGCUGUCCCUGUCGCUGCACCAGAGCUACGACUCACUGCACAAUUACUCGAUUACAAACGAGUCCGGGUUCGAGCUGCAGCUGGACGACUCAGAGACGGAGGACGAGAUGCAGCCGGGCGGUGGAAGUCGGCCCGUUUAUAUCUGCGAGCUGUGCAGCGUGCAGUGCAAACGGAAAUUCGAAAUGAUCCAGCAUCAGCGGACGAUGCACCGCUUCGACAAAAUGCCACACGAAUGCGAGGACUGCAUCUUCAAGUGUGUGUCCAAGAGCAUCAUGGAUCACCAUCGGCAGGGCCAGUGUAGCAGUUCAGAAAAGAAGCAUCCGUGCAGCAAGUGCUCCUACAAAUUCAUGUGGCCCGAUAAUCUGGAACAGCACGUCUUACUGCAGCACAGCGAAUCCUCGGCCAGCAAUCUGACGGGCGCCAGGUGCUCGACUGGCACGGGUGACCUGGACAAGGAUGCCGCCGAGGAUGGCGUGCCGCUGCUGCAGUGCCCACAUUGUGAUCGCACCUAUCAGAUGAAGUCACGUCUGAACAAUCACAUACGCGAUGUUCAUGUUAACGGUGACCGCAAGCGGAAGGAGGCGGUCAAGCGUUUCCUCUGCUCCCUUUGCGGCAUGGAGACCCAAUCCGCUGCAGCUUUGGUGACCCAUAUGCGACGGCACACCGGCGAGAAGCCCUACAAAUGCGAUCUGUGCGAGAUGGCCUUCCCCCGGCACUCGGAGCUGGCCUCGCAUCGUCGAAUGCACACCGGCGAGAAGCCAUUCCACUGCACCGUCUGCGGCAAGGACUUUGCCCGCUCCGACAAGCUCAAAAGACAUAUGCUCACCCACAGCGGCCUGAAGCCGCACAAGUGCACGUACUGCGAGAAGAGCUACCGCCAGGCAAAGGAUCUGAAGCUCCACCUGCAGCAGCACACCGGCGAAUGUCCCUUCGUAUGCGGCACCUGCGGAGAGCGUUUCAUCCAGAGCAGCACGCUGGAGAAGCACCGGCUGAUGCGACGCCACUUCGAUGAGGUGGAGGCGUGGUUGAGGCGCCAAAAAUAGGGGGCUUUUGCAAUAAAUAAAGUUUGGUCUAGUAUAAAAGAA